AUGAUUAUUAUUCUCAUCGUCUCAGCAACCAGCGAAGAGGAGAAAUGUCAACGUCCUUUUGGUGAUUCGUGUACUGGUGCUACAUCUGAUGAAACUAAAGCAGCUGGAUUAGGAGUCUACUAUGAAAAUCCUUGUAUAGGUGUUGGCUGCAAUUUUAAUGGUCCUUCUUGUCGACUAUGUGCGAAACAUUCUUUAAAAAUCAAUCGACCAUAUCCGAAAUGUCCAGAUUGUGUGCCUGGCAUAGAAGAGCUGUCUGAAAAAGCAGGUCAUGAGAAUCCAGCUGCCUGUCAACUUCCUCUCCGUAAUUCGUGUACUGAUGCUACAUCUGAUGAAACUAAAGCUGCUGGAUUAGGAGUCUACUAUGAAUAUCCUUGUAUAGGUAUUGGUUGUAAUUUCUAUCGUCCUUUUUGUCGACUCUGUGCGAAACAUCCUUUAAAAAUUGGUCGUCCAUAUCCAAAAUGUCCCGAAUGUGUUGUUUAA